CUCCUCUGUUGACUGGAUUUAUCAGAAAAAUAAAAUCAUGAACAGGAAACAGGAAGUUCAUAGAGGAAUGGUUCAGAGUUCACCUCGUUCUGCCAGGAUGAGUUUGGACAGAAAAUGUUCUCUGAUCAUCAACAACAUCACAGCUGAAGAUGUUGGACGUUACAGCUGUGGAUAUAAUACAGAUGUGUAUCUAAACAUGAUGAUCAUCUCUUCAUCUGUUCCAGAUGUUGAUCCAACAAAGAAUGAAGAGAUCACAUUAUUCUGUUCUCUGUUGAGAUCCAUUUUAUCAGGUUCAUGUCCAGAUAAAAGUUUCCUCUGGUUGAACGAGACAGGAAGUGAACUGACUGGUGAAGGUGAUGAAUAUAAAUAUGGAGGACAGUUUGUUUGUGUUUCUAGUCUGACUGUGAAUCUUCAGAGCAGAAGAAGAUUCACCUGCCAGUUUGUUGAAGGAAACAAAGUGAAGAUAGAAGCUCACUAUGGAUCUGAAGGCCCCCCCGCCUCGUCUCCUCUGAGCUUCAUCAUGUUGACUCUGAAGAUCACAGGACUGAUCCUGAUGGUUGGAAUCACUGUUGGUAUCAUCAGAACCAGAGGAAGAAAAAAGCCUCAGAAAGACGUUAAUGUUCGUUUUUCUGUUGAUGACGACUCAGUGAGCUUUGAAAAUGAUGGAGAACGUUCUGCUGCCGCCGCUCUCCACUGAGCUUCAUCACAUCCAGGAUGGUUCAUUAAAAAAGCUUCAUUUUAAUCAUUAGCCAGUACAAAAGUAUAUUUUGCAUGGAGUUUUCUGCAUAUGAGUAUUAAUUUUGAACUGUGUUGGAUUCAGUGUGUUUUAUUUUUUUAAUCCAUUAUAAAUAAUUCUAAAAGCUGUUUGAGAGAAGAAGC